AUGGCAGGCAAAGCAAGUAAGAAGCAAGUGCAAACUAAUAUUAAGAUUCUAAGUGAUCUUUACAAGAUAGCCAUUCCAAUCCUGACACUAUCUUUGCUACGUGCUAUUUAUUCAAAGAGUACAGAUGCAACAUAUACAGGGACAACCUUUAAAUGGUUACUUUUGAAUGCACCAUUGUUAGGUAGUAUUUAUACCGUGGAAUUAUCUGGUAGACCACGUAUUGUUGUGGAUCCACAGACAGGUUCAAAAAAAAUUGUUAAAGAAGGUUUAGAUUUAUCUCAAAGCGAUGGAUUAUUACAAUAUUUGUUUGAUCUAAUUUAUUUAUCACUGUUUGCUAAUAUUGGUAGAAUUUUAUUUAAUACCAAUAAAUUAUGGUAUGUCUUAUUAGUCUGUCCAAUUUAUAUCUGCUUUAAACUAUAUGGUUUAAAACAACAAUAUUUUGGUGGAUCUAGUACUAAGAAUUCUGCCAAGACAGAUGAUUCAUCUCCUUCUGAAGUUGAAACAAAAUCAAAGAGACAAACUAAGAGGGAGAAAAGAGGUGAUAACCAAGUUAAAUAUAAAUAUAGGUAA